CCCCCCCCCAUCCCCUCUCGUCUCCUUACCAUAUAUGACGUCAAAGGCAGAGCUGGUGGCCGCGUUGGACGAGUCGGCCCAGGCGCUGUUCGGAGCGCCCGCUGCGGACGUUGCUGGCCAUGCUGGCCUGCCACACGCGGCGUCUGCGUUGGGCGGUGCAAGCACGGACGGCAGCAAUACUGGAGCACCAGAGGCCAUGGUCUCGCAUCGGAUGGAUGCGUGCAAGGAGUAUGUCGCACGGCACAAGCUGCACGAGAUCAUCCAAGAGCUCUCGGCUCAACUCCUCUUCCACCAGCCGGACGACGUCCGCGCCUUUCUCAUCGACCGCCUGCAGGCUCUGGCCGCUGUCCGCGAUGCUGCUGUCAGCAAGCUUCCGGCGGCCGCUGCCCGUGUUGCGCUCUUCUCUGAACAGGACCUUGAUACCGUCUUUGACAUCUACGAUGUCCACAACUCGGGCUUUAUCUCGCUCGACCAGUACGCCACCGCCAUGGCCGACAUCGGCGCCGUCAAGUUUGAUCCCGAGCCCGCUGCCGCCAACAACGGCCGCAUCGACAAGAAGACCUUUGUCUACAUUGCCAACUGCGCCCUCAAGGACACCAUCCGCCACUACGCCGCAGCCUCGGCCGACGCCGCCGAGUAG